AUGAUUUCUGGGCGUCAAGAUGAAACCCAGAGCCCUUUGCGCCAGCCAACUGACAAGGAGCGGAAGUACGACCGACAGUUGCGCCUCUGGGCAGCAUCUGGACAAUCGGCCCUAGAGUCAGCUCAUGUCCUUCUUGUGAAUUCCUCUACUGGGACAGUCGGAACGGAGACUCUCAAGAAUCUGGUACUGCCUGGCAUCGGGAAGUUCACCAUUGUCGAUGACGCUGUAGUUGGGGACGCAGAUCUCGGGGUGAACUUCUUUCUUGAUGAAGCGUGCUUGGGUUUGCCUAGAGCGCGUUGCUGCAGGGACAAUCUCGUUGAAUUGAAUCCGGCGGUUCGCGGUGACUGGUUUCCCAAGAUAGUCGAUUCCGACUUGGGCAUCGAAAGGCUUCUUGAUUCGUCAGACCCAUUUACCAUCAUUCUUUACACCCUGCCCUUGCGCCCGACUUACAUCAAGUGUCUCGAAUCUCACGCCAAAAAGCACGGCAUCCCUCUCUUGGCUGUUCACAGCGUUGGAUAUUACGCAUACUUUACCGUCAAGCUACCGGGACUCUUCCCUGUUAUUGAUACUCAUCCUGACGAAACCGCAGUGGUGGAUUUGAGGCUCCUGGACCCAUGGUCUGAGCUGGCGGAAUUCGCGGACCAGAUGACCAAAGAUAUAGACGACCAAGAUGAUUUCGAUCAUGGUCACUUACCUCUGGUAGUAAUCCUACUUCAUUAUCUCAAAAAGUGGCGGGAGGCUCAUGGCGGGGGCCUGCCAUUGACGUACUCUGACAAAGUGUCCUUCCGAGAUUUUGUCGCCAGAGGAGCCAGGACUAAGAACCCCGAAGGAGGCGAAGAAAAUUUCGACGAAGCCGUUGCUGCAGUAAUGAAGCAUGUGUCGCGUCCAUCUUUACCAACAUCUCUGGAGCGAUUAUUCGAGCGAGAGGGGCAAAUCAAGGGUGAUACCGAAGAAACAUUCUGGACAAUUAUCAAGGCUGUGAAGCAUUUUUAUCACAAGCAUCGCCAGCUCCCUCUGCCUGGUAGCCUACCGGACAUGAAGGCACAAUCCAAGGUGUAUGUCCACCUUCAAUCUCUAUACAAGGAUAAGGCAAAGCGAGACAUAGCCGAAAUCUUGGAUAUAGUGCGCGCCAUUCCUGGUGGAGCAAAAGUGAAGCGGGAUGAAGUUGAGCUAUUUUGCAAAAAUGCAAGUUUCGUCAAGGUCAUCGAAAAUCCGGAAAAUGCACCGAUUACGAAUCAAGUUGUCGCUCAGGAACUGCUCAAUGUUCAAGACGCUGCCACUGCAGGAUUCCAAAGCCCUCAUUCCUUAGCGCCGAUCUAUCUUGCUCUCAAUGCCCUACGUCUCUCACCCGAAGCCGGCCGAGAGGAGAUUAUAGACCUAGUCACCACUUCUGUGCCGUGUAUUUCCGGAAACCAACGACUGGCCCAAGUAGCGGAGGAACUGUCUAGGUCAGGCUCGGGCGAGCUACACAACGUGUCAGCAGUAGUUGGCGGCUUGCUGGCACAGGAGAUGAUUAAAAUCAUCACCAAGCAGUACGCCCCGGUCGACAACACCUGUAUAUUCGACGGCAUAGAAAGUCGAUGCCAGGUUCUUCGACUAAAAUUGUGA